GCAUGCACUUGCUGCUUCAUCGUCACUGAUAACAACACUGCCUGCAUGCUGUGGAAGAGAACAUUUUCAGCCCUAUUGAUGAAGUUAGAAAAAUCAAAGUUAUGGUAAAGUCAUAACAGUAGAUCUGGAUACAGUGGAUAAAUACGUUCCUUUCAUCUGCUCAGCCAAGACAAAUGGACAAGACGUCACAGCAAGCACAGAGUUCGGAGCAGCAACGGUCUCCAAACACUAGAAGAAGUUUCAGCUUCUCAUCUCUCCGUAUUAAAAAAAGGCACCACAGCUAUGAAGACAAUGGAUUUACACGGCAGAGAGGGUUGCUGUCUUUUUCAUCAGUACGGGAGACAUCGAGAAAGGAGCCAGUCCAAGAUGAAGAUGGUGCUUCACAGCUCUACUGUAUACAGGACCAGGUGAACAAGACAGGUGAGCAGCCCAAAGGUAACCUCAUCUCGGAUGUGCCUGGGAAACAAACAGGUGAAGAUGAAGGUGAACGACAAGGAGCCCUCAAGAGGUUUAGUGCCAUGUGGUCCUCCUUCCGCAGAGGCAAAAGAGAUCGAGUCAAAGACUCUGAGCCGACGGAGCUGCCACCGGUGUUGACAGAAAACCCAUCCGGGCAGCACCGCUACGUCAGUGGUCAGUACUUCUUUGAGUAUCUGGUGGUGGUCAGCCUGAAGAAGACCAAGGAUGGCAGCAGCUACGAACCUCAGAUCACCUACCAGUUUCCCAAGAGGGAUGGGAUGGCCAGAUUUCAGAAGGAGGAGGAGGAGAAGACGCUGAAGGCGAUCACUCUCUUUUGUUUCCCAGAGGGCAUCAACUGGGCUCCUUUGACAGAAUACCAUAGUGAGACUUUCUCCUUUGUUCUGACUGAGAUUGAUGGCAGCAGAAGAAAUGGAUAUUGCAGGAGGUUACUGCCUGGAGGGAAAGGAGCUCGACCACCUGAGGCUUACUGUAUCAUCAGCACGCUGGCUUGUUUUGGACUCUUCUCCAAGAUAUUUGACGAGGUGGAGAAGCGGCGGCAGAUCUCCAUGGCCAUGAUCUACCCAUUCAUGCAGAAGCUGAGGGAGGCUCCAUUCCCCGCUCCGGGAAACACUGUGGAGAUUAAGAGCUUCAUUCCAGAGUCGGGUACUCAGAUCAUCAGUCUGACCCGGCCGUUGGAUUCCUGGCUGGAGCAUGUGAACUUCGCCACGCUCUUCGGCUGCCUGACAGACGAGGAGGUGUUGCUAGUGUUUGCUGCCGCCGUCUUGGAGAGACGGAUUGUUUUCAUCGCUGAUGAACUGGGCACAUUAUCACAAGUCAUCCAUGCAGUCGCAGCCCUCGUUUACCCCUUCACCUGGCAGCACACACUGAUCUCCAUCGUUCCUGAGAUCCUGAUCGAUGUGGUGAUGGCACCCACUCCCUACCUGCUGGGAGUCCAGAAACGCCUGCUGGACCAGGUCACCGACCAGAGUGAUCUGCUGGUGGUCGACUUGUCUGAGGAUAAAAAGGAGACCUUCAUUCAUUCAAUUGGUGAUGAAAGCUCUAUUCUGCCCCCAAAGCUUCAAAGUGAAAUACUAGAAGCACUAACUAACAGAAAGAAAUCAUCAACGGUGGAGGAGACGAACCGGGUGGUAUCGGAAGCCUUCCUGCAUUUCUUUGUGAAAACAGUCGGCCAUUACAACUCGUAUGUGAAAUACAGUCGUGCCGGAGAGCAGGGGGUGUUUGAAAAGAGAAGUUUCUACAAGGCCAUUGAUUCCAAGACCACUCGACACUUUGUCAAGAAGUUCAUCCAGACACAGAUGUUUGACCUGUUUAUCCAGGAGGUGGAGCAGCAACAGCCUGGACCGCAGCAAGGAAUAUUUCACAAAAAGAUCCUUGAAUACCAAGAGAAGAAGAAAAAGGACAAAACAAGGAAACACUAGCUCUCAGCGGGGGACCCGGGUGUACAUAAGGGAGUUCAUAGGAAAAUAUGUGAAUGUUGCACUGUGUGUUUUAUGUCCUGUGUCAGUUUGGUUUUAAACAUGUACCAAUGUGUGAAUUACUGUAUGGCUAUGUUGCUGCUACUCUGUGAAACACUGGCAGAAUGACAGACUUCAGAUCCAUGUGUUGGUUCUCAGCCUGUGGCCGCAGUCUGUCGCUAAUGAAUCAUUUCGAAUAAAGACUAGUUUUUUUACAGUC